AUGGACUUCCCUCCAGACGACAAACACCUCUCAUUCAUGCAAUGGGCAUUAUCCGUCGGGGUCACGAUCGAGGGGAUCGCCCCGGCGAGGAUUCCCGGUCGACGACUGGGGAUGAUAGCCACCCGGAUGAUAGAGGAAGGAGAAGUCAUCUUGACAGUCCCCCUGGCGGAGAUGCUCACUGUCGACAGCAUACCGGCAUCAUUUGUGGCGCGGUUCCCCGAUGGAACGCCCGUGCAUGCCAUCCUAGCCGCGUUUCUGAUGUACGGUGACGCUCAUAUUCUGACGAAAUGGACAGCGUGGUAUACCGUGUGGCCCUCCCGCGAUGAGUUUGAAGAGUGUAUGCCUAUUUUGUGGACAGACUCGAGUCAGUCCAAGUCUAGUUUGCAGUCCAUCCUACCUCCCUCCGUGUCGGGAAGGUGGAAUUCUCUCCGGAAAAAGAGAGGAUGGGAUACACACCCUUACGAAACUAGAUACCAGAACCUACUGGGUCAGCAGGAGGAACGCCUUGAGCGGUGCUGGAAGGUGAUCGGCUCCGUCUUUCCAGAGGCCGACUGGGACGCCUUCUCGUAUUAUUGGCUUAUUGUCAACACGCGGAGCUUCUAUUACGUGAUGCCCGGCAUGAAUCCGCCAGAGGAUUGGAACGAUGCUCUUGCCUUGGUUCCCUUUGCGGAUUACUUUAACCAUGACGAUGAUGCGGACUGCGAGGUUUUGUUCGAUGGAAAGCAGUAUACCUUUAAAGCCAUGCGCCGAUUCGACGAAGGCGAGGAAAUAUAUAUGAGCUACGGAGCUCACUCGAAUGACUUUUUAUUCGUUGAAUACGGAUUUUACUUGGAGCAUAACGAGUCCGACGCCGUAUAUCUAGACGAUAUCAUUUUCAAAGAUCUCACGCUUUCAGAGAAGAAAGAACUUGAUGCACAUGACUAUUAUGGUAACUACCAGAUUACAUCGACUGGUCCUUGUCCACGCACUGCGGCUGCCGCAAGCAUCAAAUACAUGAAACAAAAGGAGUGGCGGGAAUAUGUCCUCGGUUCGAACGAAGAGGGUGGUCAUGACCCCGACAGGUCGGCGACUAUUAUUCGCGGCUGGGUGGAGGUCUAUCUUAAAGAGUGCAACACGACCAUCGGUAUCAUUGAGGAGAUGCUGGCCAAGGAAAAGAGCCCCCCCAGUACGGAGUCGAAUGAAGAUCAGCAUGAAAGAAUGGCCACCGUGUUGCGGAGAUGGGUUCAAAUUAAAUCCCUGUGUGAGGCGGCCCUUCGCUCUUCCGGCUCGAGCGGAGAGAGUCAGGACAGUGAAUAG